AUGAAAACUCAUCUCCUCUGCCUGGAGCUCUUCCUCCUGGCGGGACACCUCCUCGUGGCCGGUGGACAGCUGGAGCCCAAGAGGCCGGCGCCCCAGGCUCCCCUCUCCGUCACUCAGAGACUGGGACUGGUGGAGAGGGAGGUCCAGGGUCCGGUGAGGCCCAACAUCACCAUGCCCCGCCGCCGCCUCCCCCCCAUGUGCACGGGGCCCACGGAAAUCAGAGACACCUUCAAGUACAUCAACACUGUGGUGUCCUGCCUGGUGUUCGUCAUCGGUAUUAUUGGCAAUUCCACCUUACUGAGGAUCAUCUAUAAGAACAAAUGCAUGCGGAACGGGCCGAAUAUAUUGAUUGGAAGCCUUGCUCUUGGGGACCUGCUCCAUAUCAUCAUUGGCAUCCCUAUCAACGUUUACAAGCUCCUGGCAGAGGACUGGCCGUUUGGGGUGACUUUGUGCAAGCUGGUGCCAUUUGUCCAGAAAGCCUCGGUGGGGAUUACAGUGUUGAGUCUGUGCGCUUUGAGUAUUGACAGGUAUCGCGCAGUGGCCUCUUGGAGUCGGAUCAAAGGGAUCGGAGUGCCAAAAUGGAUGGCCAUCGAGAUAGCCCUGAUCUGGAUACUGUCCAUCACCUUAGCGGUGCCGGAGGCGGUGGCCUUCGACAUGCUCACCAUGGACUACAAGGGGGAACACUUGAGAAUCUGUUUGCUGCAUCCCAUGCAGAGAACAGACUUCAUGAAGUUUUAUAAAUCAGCAAAGGACUGGUGGCUCUUCAGCGCAUAUUUCUGCCUGCCGUUGGCCUGCACCGCCAUUUUCUACACCCUGAUGACCUGCGAGAUGCUGAGGAAAAAGAACGGCGUCCAGAUUGCUCUCAGCGACCACCUGAAACAACGGAGGGAGGUGGCUAAGACGGUGUUUUGUCUGGUUCUGGUCUUCGCUCUGUGCUGGCUGCCCCUUCACCUCAGCCGCAUCCUGAAGCUCACCAUCUACGACGAGAAAGACCCCAACCGCUGCGAGCUGCUCAGUUUCUUCCUGGUUCUGGACUACAUUGGAAUCAACAUGGCCUCCAUCAACUCAUGCAUCAAUCCCAUUGCCCUCUACAUGGUCAGCAAACGCUUCAAGAACUGCUUCAGGUCGUGUCUGUGCUGCUGGUGCCUCCCCGCUGAGAUGUUAAUGGACGAGAAGCAGUCGUGCAUGAAACUCAAAGUCACAGACCGGGCCUCUGACCAGAGCAACUCCCGCGUGACCAACAAGUCCACCACCACCUAAAGGAAGCCCACAGGUGAGCGAGGA